CGGCUCCUGGCGUGCUGCCCAUCCCAGCCGUGGCCCUGGCGUGGCGGCGGCAGCGGCUCCGGCCCCCGGACCGGGCGGGAAACAUUGAUGUAUGAAGAUGAAACCAUGAAGAGAAAGCAGAAAGAAUAAUAAUGCUUUUCCGAAACCGGUUUCUGUUCCUGCUGGCUUUGGCAGCCUUGUUGGCCUUCUUGAGCCUCAGUCUACAGUUCUUGCAUUUAAUCCCAGUAAAUCCCAUCAGGGAAGAUGGUUUGAAUCCUAAAAGCAGAAAGAGAAUAAUGCCUGAUUUGCUGACUGAGCCUCCUGCAACAGAUCCUCUGUAUGAAGCUCGGGUGUACUGCAACAUUCCCACCAUUGCUGAACGCAGCAUGGAAGGUCAUGCACCUCAUUACUUUAAGCUAGUGUCAGUUCAAGUGUUGAUUCGACAUGGUGAUAGGUAUCCACUCUAUACCAUUCCCAAGACCAAGAGACCUGACAUUGACUGCAUGUUGCUGCCAAGCAGGAAACCUUCUCAUCCUCAACUUGAAGCUUUCAUUAAGCAUAUGUCCAAAGGGUCUGCAGCACAAAUGGAUGGUUCCCUGAGCAGCCUGCCCCGCUACCCCAGUCAUUCCUUGUGUGAAAUGGGAGAGCUGACACAGACAGGGGUUGUACAACACUUGCAAAACGGACAACUUUUGCGAGAAAUAUAUAUAAACAAACAUAAACUGCUUCUGAGUAACUGGACAGCAAAACAGCUCUACUUGGAAACAACAGGAAAGAGCCGAACCUUGCAGAGUGCCCUGGCACUGCUCUACACUUUUUUGCCAGAUUUUGACUGGAAGAAAAUUAACAUGAGGCAUCAGUGGAGCACCAUUUUUUGCUCUGGAAGCUGUGACUGUCCCAUGCGGAACCACUACCUAGAAGAGGAACAGCGCAGACAAUACAGUUUACGGGUGAAAAAUACUGAUUUGGAGAAAAUCUAUGUGGAUAUGGCAAAGAUUGUAGGUAUUCCCACCAGGCAGCUGAGAGCUUCCAACCCAAUAGAUUCUCUCUUGUGCUAUUUUUGCCACAAUGUCAGCUUUCCCUGUACCAAAACUGGCUGCAUGAGUAUGGAACACUUCAAAGUAAUCAAAAGACAUCAGUUGGAGGAUGAGAGAGAAAGACAGGAAAAGAAACUUUAUUUCUUGUAUGCACUAUUGGCUACUCACCCUCUCCUCAACCAGACUGUUAACCGGCUGCAGCGUAUUGCGGAAGGCAAGAAAGAAGAAGUAUUUGUUCUUUACUCUGCACACGAUGUCACCUUGUCACCUGUUAUUAGUGCCUUGGGCAUUACAGAAGCCAGAUUCCCUAGAUUUGCUGCCAGAUUAGUUUUUGAGCUGUGGCAGGAUGGGAAGAAACCCAAAGAACACUUUGUCCGCAUCCUUUACGAUGGCACUGAUGUCACCUUCCAGACGUCGUUCUGCAAGGAUUAUUACAAGCAUUCCAACAAGCCAAUGUGUCCACUAGAAAAAUUUGUCAACUUUGUCAAGAGGGAUAUGUUCUUAGUUUUUAACAGCACUAGUUACCACGAUGCAUGUCGCAGAAGAGCACUGUAGGUAGGGCAGGAGGGUGAGAAGGAAGCUGUUAACUGGCAUAUCAGUGGAAGUCUGUAUUCUCAUUGAGGCACAGUUCAGUUUUUAUUUCUUGUAUGUAUAAGUACAAAAAUACAUUGGCUGAAACGUUCUUCAAAUAGCUUUAUUUUCAUUCAGACUGCAGAUGGUCUCCAACAGAAGAACAAAUACUGAGGGUGUGUUAUGCAUAUGUGUAUGCUCACAUAUGCUGUGUUAACUGAGGCAGAAGAAAUCCCAUGGGCUACUGUCACCUGGACAUAGCUUGAUAUAGACUGAGAAAACAAAGACUAUUUCUCUGUAUUCCAGAGCAAUACUUGGAUACCUUUUUUUUUUUUUUUUUUUUCCCCCACCACUGUCUUACUAUAAUUUUGAGCAAUUUAUAUCAAGAUGUGGCACAACAAUUCCAGGCAUCUGCAUUAAAACAUUUGUAAGGAAUUAUUAAAGCUUCCUGCUAAAAGCAGCCUUUUAAUGUUUAGAGGCAGGUCUUUAAAGCAAAGUGCAUGUGUGUAUCUGUGCAUACUUACCUGAGCAUGUACAAAUGAGCCUGUGCCUUUUUGACCUCAAGGACCUUUAAAUACUUGGCCAUUGUUGCCAGUGUCAGAGAAGGGUGUACUAGAAAAUGGGUACAACACUCUGAUCGCACUUUCAGCACUUUGAAUAGUUCAAACACAGUCUAGAAAGAGGUAAAAAAAAAACUUGUGACAUUAAAAUAGAUAGCAAACACUAACAUUACCACUAAACCUGAGUGGGAAAUUAGGAUUAGAAUCAGUUUUAUGGUGAACUGUUGGGCUCUUUUCCAUUGUGAACAUGUUCAAGCUGCUGUGCUAUGUAACACAUCAGUGUUUUAGGAAUUUGAUAUAGUGACUGUUUGAGACAGCUUGACUGAACACUAAGAAAAUUUUGUAGUUAGUAUUUUUAGGAAGCUCUUAUUUUGUAAGAUCAGACUUGUACAUAUUGUAAGGUGUAUAUUUAUAUCACAGUAGAUCUUUCUUACUUGUUUGGUUUGUAAAGACUUGUGAAGCUGACUUUUAGACAUUUUUUUCCCCUUGAUCAGGAUAUUUAGACUUAGAAACUGUCUUUUAUGGGUAACUUGAACAAGUAGAUUUGAGAAGUUGUGCUGCAAACUGCUUUCAUCUCUUUAGGAAUAGCAAAUUGAGAACCAGUUUUUAAUAGAACUCAUAGAAAUUUUAUAAUGGUGGAGGGUUUUUACACCUCUAGAAAUAAUUAGUCUGUGACUCGUGACUCAAUGGUGCUAGUUUAUCAGAGAAAAUGUAACUGACUAUUGGCAUUCCACUCUCUGUUUUUAAUGCUGCAUUUAAACAUGUUUCUUUAAAUAAAAUUUUGGAGACUUUGCA